AUGGGUGCACAAUUAAUUGGCAUCGUUUUGGGGUUUAUAGAGGGCGCCUUUUUUUGUUUUGUUUUGAGCGCGAAUUGUGAUGUGAUGAAUAAAAAUGAGCAAAUAAAGCGCGCAAAGGAAGCAAGAAAAGCAUUAAACAAUGGAAACAACAAAAUGGUUGUUGGAGGGGUGGCUGCCACUUUGUGCGGUCAUUUCUCAUUAAGGGAUUGUGUAUGUGUGUGCUCUCACCGUUUUGUUAUUAAACAAUAA